CACCGCCGAGCCCAGCAGCCGGACCCGGGCAAAGGAGGCAAGGGAAGGGAGCGGAGAGAGCGAGAGAGCCGGCCAGCCAUGGAGAAUGGGCUGCAGGGACCCAGGUCCACCACCGAAAUCCGGAAGGAGAAAUCGCGAGACGCAGCGCGAUGCCGGCGCAGCAAGGAGACGGAAGUGUUCUACCAGCUGGCCCAUACCCUGCCCUUUGCCCGGGGGGUGAGCGCCCACUUGGACAAGGCCUCCAUCAUGCGGCUGACCAUCAGCUACUUAAGAAUGCAUAAGCUGCUGAAUUCUGGAGAAUGGCAAGACCAGGUCAAAGCGGAGGAGCAGGUGGAUUCUUACUACCUGAAGGCCUUGGAUGGCUUCCUGAUGGUCCUGACCGAGGAAGGGGACAUGAUCUACCUCUCUGAGAAUGUCAACAAGCACCUGGGUCUCAGCCAGCUGGAGCUGAUCGGCCACAGCGUCUUCGAUUUCAUCCACCCCUGUGAUCAGGAGGAGCUGCAGGACGUGCUGAGCCCCAGGCAGGGUUUCUCCAAGAAAGCGGAAGUGAAGACAGAGCGGAAUUUCUCCCUGCGCAUGAAGAGCACGCUCACCACCAGAGGGCGCACCGUCAACCUCAAGUCUGCCACCUGGAAGGUGCUGCACUGCUCCGGGCACAUGCGCUCCUAUGCGCCUUCCAAGCCAGCCGCAGGGAAGGAAGGGGAAGGGGGCUUUGCGGAGCCCCCGUUGCGAUGCCUGGUGCUCAUCUGUGAGGCCAUCCCGCACCCCGCCAACAUCGAGACCCCCCUGGACAGUGGCACCUUCCUCAGCCGCCACACCAUGGACAUGAAGUUCACCCACUGUGAUGACAGGAUUGUCGAGAUGGCCGGUUACACCUCCGAAAGUUUGCUUGGCUGCUCCCUCUACGAAUACAUCCACGCCUUGGAUUCGGAUUCCGUCAGCAAGAGCAUCAACACCCUGCUAAGCAAGGGACAAGCCGUGACGGGGCAGUACCGCUUCCUAGCCAGGAAUGGGGGCUACAUCUGGAUCCAGACCGAGGCCACCGUCAUCUCCAGCAGCAAAAACUCCCAGCCCGAGAGCAUCGUCUGCAUUCACUUCGUCUUGAGCCAGGUGGAAGAGAAUGGCCUGGUCCUGUCCCUGGAGCAAACGGACCGCCAAGGUGAGCAUCGCCGGCUGCCCCCGCCCUGCCUCGAAGGGCUCGACUCCGAUAGCGCCUUGGAGGAGAUGGAUCCCAACGGAGGAGACACCAUCAUCAACCUCAGCUUUGAGCUUCGGGGUCCCAAAAUCCUGGCCUUCCUGCGCCCGGCCAACAUCAGCGAGGAGGAAUUGCAGUUGGAUCCCAAACGCUUCUGCAGUCCGGAUCUCCAGAAAUUGCUGGGGCCCAUCUUCGACCCGCCUGGGACCCAGAACUCCGCAGCGGGCACCGGGCGGGCAAAACCGCCCCUCCCGGUUUCCAAGACGGCGCCGGUGGUUAAGAAGGUGGCGGGAAAUCACAGUCUAACGGAGCUGCCCGAGGAGUUGAUCUUCGACAUGGAGAACGUCCAGAAGCUCUUUGCCUCCAACAAGGAAGAGCAGAGCAUGGAGACAGCGCUGCAGGAUUACGAAGGCCUCGACUUAGAGAUGCUGGCUCCUUAUAUCUCGAUGGACGAUGAUUUUCAGCUCAGCAGCACCGACCAUCCGCCGUGGCUGACCGAGAAACGGGGAGAUCCGGGGGCAGGCCCCCGGCCCACCUCACCCCCUCCGAGGCCUCGCUCGCGCAGUUUCCAUGGCGUGUCCCCGCGCCCGCCGGAAGCGGCUCCUCUUCCCCGCUGGGGCAGCGACAGCAGUUUGAGCCAAGGACGCCCCGUUGAGACCCCUCUGGCCAACUUGCCCUGCGGAGAAGGCCAGAUGGUGGAGAUGGUGGCAUCGGUCAAGAUCCAGUCUGUGCAGGACGGGACCGGCCUGAAUGGCCAGAGGCCUCCCAUGGGCGGGAGGAAGAGGACUCGGGAGAUUAGCCUGGAUGACGAGAGGGAUCUCUUCCUAGAGACCAGCCCCGCCAAGCGGGCCCAUAACCACGAGGCUGAGAGCUUCCUGAUGCCCUCGCUCAGCCUGGGCUUUCUGCUCAGCGUGGAAGAGUGUCUGGAUGCCCGGUCCGAGCGGGGCUGCGGGGGCACCGUGGCCCUGGGCAAGAAGCUGCUGGCCCUGGAGGAACCCAUGGGCCUCUUAGGAGACAUGCUGCCCUUCGUGGUGGACGGCCCAGCGCUCUCCCAGCUGGCCCUGUACGAUGGCGAGGAGGAGGUCUCCAGGCGUGGUGGCGAGCACUUCCAGCUGGGGGAGGAACUCCUGGUGGAGCUGGACCAGGCCACCUGAAGUGGCAACCUUGACCGCCCCCCCACCGCACCUCCAUCCCACACUCCUGCUCUGCAGAUGGGACACCCGGAACCAAAUCCAACCAAAUGCCCCCUCGGGGAGGGGUUCCUCCCGGCCCCUUCCCCCCGCCCGUCCACCCUCCACUGGCGUUCUUAGGACUCUUCCUACCUCAGUCCCGUCCCCUUCCCCAGGCAGCCUCUCCCCUCCGGAGACGGUUGGGAGGGGGGGGUCUCUGCCACCCCAUUUGGUGCUUAUCCGCCUGAAUGUUCUUGAACCAAGAGGAAGGGGGCCAGGAGUGGGACCGAUUCACGGAGGGGGGGGGGUCUGCUCUCUCCAUCUCCCCCAAAGGAAGAGAAAGCACCACAGAGGGAUUCCCUCCCGGGCGAGAAAGACGGGUGCGGCUCCCCCUUGGGAGACUCAGAACCCAUUGGGGCUCUACCUUCUCCUCUGUCCUCGGCUCGCUAGGACAGAUCCUUCAGGAGGCGCCCAGGCGGUAAGAUCAGCCAUUCCUGGGGCGAAGGGCUUCACCCCUUUGAGGGAGGUGAGAAGUGGGAGGGGACCCGCUCUGAGAACAGGGCGAACAUCCGCGUUAGCCUCUCCGGGGGGAGGACACCUCGCCACGACUUCCCCAGAACACUUACGGUGCUCCCAUUGACCUUAACCCAAGGUCUCACCUUUGGUAAAGGAAUUAGGAACCAGAGAAGUCCUGCGAGCUUCUGCUCCUGCGAGGACAUUUUGGCCAGGUGAGAACACCUGUCCUGGACUCUAGAGAGUGAUCUUUCCCCCCCCCACCCCUAAGAUGGCCCACUGAUGGAAUAAUCAGCCCCCCCCAGAACAGAAACGCUGGUGCUUCGGCCCCCAUCUGGGCCUACUUAAAAGACCUCUCUCUGUUUACAAAAUGCGCUCCGUCCUGCCCGCCUUCGGUGCGGAGGAUAUCGGAUGCCCUGUAGAAAACAAGGCAAGAUAGAAAGGAAAUUCUCUGGGGAAAAAAUCCCCCACACCUAUUUUUUUUUUUUUUAAAAGCAUGCCGUCUCCCCCGAUCAAGCAGUUGACUGGUGUGUUUUGAAUGCAGGUCGUUGAUCCCUUUCACGGCAAGCCAAGUCACAUCUGGAAAACAGCUGGAUUGGGGGAAAACUGGCUAGCUUGGAAAUUUUGACCCCCAGGAAGAAAAAAAAA